AGAGCACUGUAUCACUUACUAAGCAGAAAAUUAUCUCUAUCCUAGCCAAAACCAGGUCACUGGAGGCACUGGAGCUAAAGUUUAAAUCUUUUUAGUACAAUAGAAAGUACUUUUCUGAUUAUGAAGAUGGAGAUCUGGAAGAACUUUUAUUCAUGAAUGGCCAUCUGUGGAAAAGAAGAAAGAGGAAAAAAUGAAGCACUUAUUCUUAAUAUUUCUCAUGAAUUUAUUACACCAGUAUGCUGGGAAAUCUUUGAGAAGAGAUGGAAGUUCCCUGAAGUCAUUUGAAGACAUUAAAAAUGAGAUAGCUGGCUAUACUGAUAUUGCUAAGGCUAUUAUUGAUCUUGCUGUUCAUGGAAAGGCUCAGAAUAGAUCCUAUGAAAGAUUAGCAGUUUUUGCUGACACCAUAGGACCUAGACUCAGUGGUUCAAAAAACUUAGAGGCAGCCAUCAAAUAUAUGUUCAGUGCCCUGCAGAAAGAUGGGCUGGAAAAUGUGCAUCUAGAGCCUGUGAAAGUGCCACACUGGGAAAGAGGAGAAGAGUUUGCAGUGAUGCUGGAACCAAGGAAUCAUAGCAUUGCUAUUUUGGGACUUGGGAACAGUAUUGCAACUCCUCCAGAAGGAAUUACAGCAGAAGUCAUGGUUGUAGCCUCAUUUGAUGAACUGCGCAAACGAGCUCAGGAGGCCAAGGGGAAGAUUGUCGUCUACAACCAACCUUUCAUCAGUUAUGGUGAGACUGUGCAAUACAGGUUACAGGGAGCAGUGGAAGCUGCUAAAGUUGGAGCAGUGGCAUCCCUCAUCAGGUCUAUUGCUUCUUUUUCUAUUCACAGUCCACAUACUGGGGAGCAGAGUUACCAGCCUGAUGUACCCCAAAUUCCCACUGCUUGCAUCACUGUGGAAGAUGCUGAAAUGAUGUCGCGAAUGUCUCUCCGUGGCACUAGGAUUGUUGUGCACCUGAGGAUGGGAGCUAAGACUUAUCCAGACUCUCUGUCCUUUAACACUGUGGCAGAGAUAGUUGGAAGCAAGUACCCAGAGCAGGUUGUAUUGGUCAGUGGACAUCUGGACAGCUGGGACGUUGGGCAGGGAGCUAUGGAUGAUGGUGGUGGAGCAUUUAUAUCAUGGGAGGCAUUAUCACUCAUUAAGGAUCUGGGACUUCGUCCAAAAAGGACACUGCGCUUGGUGCUGUGGACAGGAGAAGAGCAAGGAGGAGUUGGUGCUGAGCAAUACUAUCAGUUACACAAGGAAAAUAUCUCCAACUUUGAUAUCGUUAUGGAGUCUGAUGAGGGCACCUUCCAGCCAUCUGGACUGGGUUUUUCUGGCAGUGCUGAAGCCCGGGACGUUGUGAAAGAGAUCAUGACUCUGCUGCAGCCCAUCAAUGUUACGGAUGUUUUCGACCCUGCAGAUGGAACAGACAUCGCUUACUGGAUGAGGGACGGGGUGCCUGGUGCCAGCUUGCGUAGUGACAUCAAUAAAUACUUCUGGUUUCAUCAUUCUCAAGGGGACACGAUGACAGUUCAGGAUCCAAACCAGAUGAAUCUCUGUGCUGCUGUUUGGACUGUUGUCUCCUAUGUAAUUGCUGACAUGGAGGAUAUGUUGCCAAGGUAAUAAAACAGCAAGAAAGAAGAUUUUUGUUCUUCAGUAAAGAUUGUAAGUCCACUAAUGCAUGUGGCCUGCAGCUGUAGUAAAUUCUGCUACCCUUGGUUUUCUGCUUUAUUAUUAUAUCUGUUUUCCUCAAAACACAUUAUUUUUUAUGCAUUCCUGCUUUUUGCUGUUUUGAUCUCUUCCACUUGUGAUUUUCACUUAAAUGUAUUUGUUUAAGUACUUCCUGUAUUUCAGAUGAAGAUAUGAUACCUCUUUGACUAUGAAAUAAUAACCAUUUGUAUGCACAGUGAUCUUGUGCAGCAGGAAGAUUAUACCAAAUAAAUUUUUUGCAUCAGA